AAAAUGAAAAACCUAUAGAGAUGAUUUUGUUUUCACCUCACAGUUUCAUAUAUUUUGCUGUAUAUUUAUACAAUGUAGGUGAAUGAAAAUCAUGUGUAAUACUUACAACACUUAAAAGGAUAUUUAAACAAUUAGAUAUUCAAUAGUAAAAACAAAGGUCAAGAUAUUUACAGAAAAUCUAUGGACCUCACUAUGAGAAGUUUUGAAUGGAACUACAUUCAACCAAAAUGUAAACAGCCUCUGUGAAGAAUGUUGACAUGUGAUCUGUGGAUUAUAAAUUAAAUGAUGAAGAGUAAACGGACGCCUGUUUUGUUAAAAAGAAGUUGAGUUGUUUCAAAUGUCAUUUUUUCAGUGUUUAUACCACAAUGUUACUGUUAAUAAUGAAAUAUCACAUUUGUUAUUAUCAAAUUCUCAUUCGAAAAAAUAAUGGCUAAUCCAGUGAAAAUAGAAAUAGAAUAAAAGCAUAUCACACUGAUGCAAAAAGCAAAUAAAACGGGCACCUUCGCUUAACACUUGCAAGAUCAACCAACCGUUUUAAUGACAAAGAGUUAAAUUAAUGUUUUUAAACAGUAGAUAACAAGCACCUACUUUCUCUGCUUUAGCAGUUUUCAAGGCCCUGACUUCUUCUCCUUGUGCUGUCAGUUUCUCGUAGACCUCCAUUGGACUAUUGGUUCCUUCGCCGUCUCCUCGGCAGUCUGUCAUCUGCUUCACACCGACCAGGAGCGUGUCAUCAUGUGAAGAUGUCAUCUUUAGUGGCUUACGAAGAUUCCGAAUCCGAGGAUGAUUCUCUUAAUCAAACGCAGCAGGUGACGUCAGCAUCCAUCCAAUCGGGAUAUUAUGAACCAAACCAAGGAAUCAGGAUGUUUGAUUCCUCUGAGACAAUACCAAGCCCUCACACCUCUGCUACACCUGACCCUGACAGGUCAGUGUUGGCUCAUCAUGGAAAUGUCUUAGAAAGAAGCAGUUCUUCACCAUUCCCACAUCCACACAACCGUUUUGACUGGGAAAGCAAACGUUGCCGUGAAGGCACAGCACAAGAUAAACGUUUAAGAGAUACUGCAGGUGCUCAGAGUCGGCCUGAGACUCAGGGGAAGAUCUCAGCCCUAAAGCCUCUCCCUCACGCGCCACACAGCUUUGAUGGUGGGUUGACCCCGGCCAAAAGAAAUCCCACUGUCCGGUCUGGUGUCCGACCGUACAUCCCGAAGAGACAGAGGCCCGCCACCUCGUUUGGGACGGUGGACCCAAAGCACCCGGCAGACCCAGGAGUCCCAGGGAGUCCGACCAGCGAAAGCCAGAUUCUUUUGGAUGUGUCCGCGAGGGUAAAGCCUUAUCUCGCCCACAAGCCCGGCGCGUCAGGGAUACCGAGGAGGCUUCUGAUGAGCCUGGGAGGCCACCAGGGUCCAGUCAACACUGUGCAGUGGUGUCCUGUGCCUCACCUCAGUCAUCUGCUGCUUUCUGCCUCCAUGGACAAGACCUUCAAGGUGUGGGAUGGAGCGGAGAGCGGCCGGUGCCUGAGGGUCUACACCUGCCAUUCGGGAGCCGUGCGGGACGCCCGCUGGACCCCCUGCGGGCGCCACCUUCUGUCUGGCUCCUUUGACAACAUGGCUGUGAUCACAGACGUAGAGACAGGGCAGCAGGUAGUGAAAUUGGACAACCAGUUCAAAGUGAUGCGCGUGGUGCCGCAUCCCAGCAGCCCAGAGGUGUUCCUGUGUGGAGGCUACAGUUCAAUGGUCAAGGCCUGGGACUCUCGCAGCUGCAAGGUGGUGAAAGUGUACAAAGCCGGGAUCCAGCAGACCCUGGACAUCCUUUUCCUGAGAGGCGGUGUGGGUUUCAUAACAAGCUCCGACUGCGUGAGCAGAGACUCCGCCGACCGCACCCUCAUCGCCUGGGACUACCAGACCACAGCCAAGGUCUCCAACCAGAUCUACCAGGAGCGAUACACGUGCCCCAGCCUGGCUCUCCACCCACUGGAGGAGUCCUUUGUUGCCCAGACCAACGGGGACUACAUGGCAGUGUUCUCCUCCCAGCAGCCCUAUAGAAUGAACAAGAGGCGGCGCUACGAAGGACACAAGGUGGAGGGAUACGCGGUGCAGUGCGAGUUUUCUCUGGAUGGAAGCAUCCUGGCAUCGGGAAGCUCGACCGGCUCCGCUCACUUCUACGACUUCCACAAUGCUCACACGCUACACACCCUCCGCGCCCACAGCCAGCCCUGCCUGUGUGUGUCUCAGCAUCCCGUCCUCCCUGCGACUGCGGCCACCUGUGACUGGGCCGGCGAGAUCAAGGUCUGGCACUAAGGAAUGUGAAGGAAGACCAAGAGAAGAUCAUAUUGAAGCGCAUCCAUCUUCAAGACGAUAUUCCCAGUAAUCGCUGCUUAAGGUGGAAAAAACCCAGCUGUGGUUUAAAUGUUAUUGUACGCAUGGUCUUAUUUGUCCUAUUGUUUUAACGUCCAACCAAGUUUUCCGUUAGCUCCCACGGUCGGCCGCGCAUCCGUGGUCACCUGACGUGAUUUUCUUUCCGAUGGCGGGCGAGUACCAGCACUGCCUCGGUCGCAUGCGCUCACUCGGAGUGCGCCCCCCAGAGGACGGACUAGGAAUCAUUUUGCAGCGGUUGCGCGGGAAAAUAAUGCUAAGGAAAUGUGUGAAGAGGGCUAAGUGCAUUUAAUGGGGAGAGAAUCCGGUCAUUUUCGAAAUAAAACAUUUUUCCGAAAGAAAAGUCAAAUUAAGAUAUUAAGUUGUUUAUUCUACAGCCCAGUGCUAAAUGGCCCAGUGGUUGGGGACCACUGUUCUACGGGGCUGGGGGGACAGGAUGGGACGGGAGAGGGGGGGUGGAUGCUAUAAUAAUGGUGACUGAGGACCAUCUCGGGGAUGGAGGGUUACAUAUACACAUACAUAUUAAUUAUAAAUACAUACUAUAGAAUUAAUUUGAUGUAAAUGUACUUUACAUAUUAACUCAUCUGUUCAUUUUAGUACCACGUUUAUUUGUAUUCAGUAACUUUUUUUUAAGCAGUGAGGGUAGGAUUUAUGUCUACAGUGGAGUGUAAAAAGAUGCUUUUGAUCUUGCUGAGCAGUCCUUAAAAUACACCUUAAUUUGUGAAGCCAAAUGCUAAUUUGCAUUUAUUUGAAUGGUUCCAGUGAUUUUUAUAUUUUUAUUUAUCUGGCUAGCCCCUUCAAAUUGGUAAGAUGAUUAACUUUAAAAGAAAGUGGAGGGGCCAAAAAAAAUAAGGCCUCUAAAACACCAAAGACUAAAGUCCAGGACCAGCAAAGCCAGGAAAACCGCGGUGAACAUUGGAGGGUCUUUUCAGGAGGGAAAUCUUUAAAGAUAGUGUUGCCACUUGUUCGACAGGUAAGUAACCAAACUUUUAACUUAACCACAUUUUCAAUCUUCCAGACGGAGACGACGACAUCUUCAUCUUCAAUCCCAAUUAUGGAAAAUGAACAUAAAGCUCAUUUGUUGCCUUUCGUAGCUGAAUAAUAAACAUGCAUUAAGUAGACAGAUGAGUGGCUUCAAUCUGUUGAGGGAGUCAAUUGGAAUCAUAAGAAAUACUAAAGGGAAAAAAAUCCCUCAAACCCAAUGAUGAAUUUCCCAACACUCAUCUUUAUUAAGUAAAUUAACUUACAUCAAAAAUAUAUAACCAUGCAUUAGACGGACGUUGUUCGUAGCCUGUUGUUCCUGGAACAGGGCUGGAGGUAGAACAGAACAGAAGAAAACCGCUUCAACCCCCUCACUCAGGGUCAACAUUCAAUAAAUAUAACUAAAACUGGAUUUAAAAUUAGUCAUAAUGUAAUAACUGUGGAAGCAGUUUCUAUAUAUUUGUAUACAUUAUGUCCACAACAGAAAAUAACCAUAUAUCUUCUCCACCCCGCUCUACAUUUAUUCAAAUAUAAUUCCAAACCUAAUAUGUUAUUUGGAUAGCUAUACAUUAUAUGCAGUAAGACUAUAGUUGAAGAAUUUUGUGGUGGACUUUCACCUUCAUAACCUGCGUGGUAAAAAA